UGGCGCCAUUUGGCCUACCAUCAUGAUUUGUUGGAAAAGAUUGAUGAUGGAGCUGAACCUUUGGAUGAUGAGAGUGAUCUGGAAAUAGAAGUAGAAGCUGUUCCUGCUGCAAGUAGUGAAAUCUUGUCUGAAGCUGCAGCAUGUGUCAGGGUAUUAUCCUCUGAAUUCGUAUUCUCUUGAAGAAGCAGCAUAUAUGAUGCAUAGUGAAGUCUUGAAUCUGUAAUGAAGUGUGCCUACAAUUUUAUUUUUGGAAUGUUUAGUUUCUUGCUGUUAGGGGAAGAGCAGGCCAGCCCACUCCAUUGAAAAAUGAGUUCUUUUUGGGAGGUGGAUCCUGUAAUUACCAUGUACAACUAUAGGAGCAGGUGUGUGCCCUCACACUCGCCCUGUCCCACACGUUUUGCAGAUUGGCCUUGAUAUCAUAAUAUGGAGCAAAGCAGGCUAAGAGGAGAAUUAAAAUAUCCUAUUGGGAGGAGCUUCUACUCUUUUUGAGCAUGUUCAAUAUGUCCCAAACUCAUGGUUUCAGAUUCCAAUUGGCAUUGGUCAUUAUGGAUGAAGCAUAUUGUUUAGACCGUUGGAAUGAUACCAAUACAAAUCAUAUUGUUUAGAUUGGUGGAAAUAUACGAAUAUUGUGUUUCCAUUAGUAAAUAUCACCGUCAUCUGUGCCACAUAUCAACCGAGACAACGCUUGUUUCCCUCACUAUUCUUUGGACUCAGGUAUUGAUGUCCUAUGGCCUACCACGGGAACAUAGCCUAACAAAUCGUACAAAUGCAGAAGCUUCUUCAUCUCUGAAUGGAUUCAGUGAUCAGACUUUACGAGUUCCGUUAGACAAGCAGCAACAGUCACGAGCCAAUCGUGGAACUAAUGUUACAGUUGCUACUCUUCAGAGGCAGUCUCUGGCCAUGGGAACAUCAACUGAAGGAUUUGAAGGAAAUGGAUCUGGUUCAAGCUUUCCUCCAAAAAAGAAGAGAAAACUAUGGACCAAAGAGGAGGAUAUGGAACUAAUAGCUGCAGUUCAAAAGUUUGGUGAAGGGAAUUGGUCAAACAUUCUCAAAGGAGAUUUCAAGCACAACAGAACUGCUUCACAGCUAUCACAGAGAUGGGCCAUUAUUAGGAAGCGUGAUGCUAACUUACUUCAAGGUUCCAGUAACAAGUUAGCCAGCUCAACACGGUCCGAGGAGAGGCUGGCAACACAAAAGGCAAUAUCCUUGGCACUUGAUAUGCCUAAAUCUGGAAGAUUAUUGGCUAUACUGUCAGGUGGAACACAAUCAAUUGCAACUUCAAGUUCUCCUGCACUUUCAACUGCUCCAUCUGAUGUGCCGCCAAUUUCAAGUCCCCCGCCUAACCAACAACAACAAGCUUCUCUGGCUAUUUCUCCAAAAAUAACCAUGAAUACUUUGAACAAACCUCAGACAAUCCCAAAGAAGUCUUUGGUUUCUGCUAAGCCCUCCGUUGGUCCAAACUCUUUGAUACAAGCUGCUGCAUUUGCUGCAGGAGGGCGCAUUGCUACUCCUUCAACCGCUGCCUCCUUGUUCAGAGCUGCACAAUCAAAAAAUGCUGUUCACAUCAGACCUGGAGGAGGUGCUCGAUCUUCUCCAAUCAACAAUGUUAAACCAUUAACUCUGGCUAACACAACAGGCCAACAGUCCAUGAGUGCUCGUUCCAGUAGAGUUACUGCUACUAUACUUGCACCAUCCCAGGCAAAUCCUAUGUCAGUGUCACCUAGGACCAAGCUAGGAGGUCCUCAAGUGCAAGGCUGCCAUGGAAGGGCUGCAAACAAUCCUCUUAAUGUCACAUCGACAAAUCAACGGACAAACAUAGAAUCCACUUCAGACACUCUUUCCCCUGAAAUAUCCGAGAAAAAUGACGAUGCAGAUAGUUCUGCCAUUGAUGUGGAUGACUUACUGGUUGAAGAAAUAAAAUGUGAAGAUGACAUGGAAUUCGAUGAAAUAAUGGCUCCAGACCAACAGAUGGACCUGCUCAUUGGGGAUAUUAGUGCAAAUGAGGACAAUGAUUUUGACAGCGCUUAUGAUGCAGAAGCUACUUCAGACAAGCAGUUGGAUGAAAAUGAGAACAGAACUGUGAACGAUGUACUCCCCUCUGAUAUAGACACUACUGAGAACAAGAGUUUGGAAGUUAAUGAUAGUGAGGAUCACAUUCCACCUGAGGAGAGGCCUACUUUGCUCCAUGACGAGUCUAACAAGAGUAACUGUGGGGAACAUGUUUCGCUUGAGAAUAGGACUACUUCACCUAUUUGCAAUGAUCGGAAUGAUAAUGCAGAAGAGUUAAAUGGUGCAGAAAUUAUGGCGGAGAAAGCUGAAAGCUCCAAGGCACUUCAUCUGGAUCCGACACAAGAAGAUGCUUCUUCAGGUGGAAAAUUACUCAACAAUGAUGAUAGCAUUGCUAUAAAUGCCAAACAGGCUGAGCCAGGUGAGUCGAAGGUAGCGGAGGAGGAUCUAACACGGAGAGAUUAGUGCAAGUGCUUGCAAGUGAGACUUUAUUACCUUCUGCAACAUGGAAAGCUCGUAGUGAAAGGACUUUUGUUGAUUGCUUUUUAGUCAAUGCUACUGAAGUUAGAACUUGGUGUUUUUGAUUCCUCUGUGAUGUAUUUGAUUUUCAGGGAUAUUUUCGCAUUGUCAUGGAAUAAUAAUUCUCAAGUAUGAACAUAAAACAAAUUUGAUUAACUAAUUUGCUUGGAAUUGUUAAGACAUCAAUUAUUAAAAA